AUGGCUCCUGGUUUCUCCGCGCCGGUGGACGUCGAACACUGCUCCUUCGCCAAGAAGGUGCCUCUGCCUGCCAAGACGGGCAAUGAUGAAGUUGACCGCCGCAACAAGGAUGAGUAUGAGGAUUUGGUGGAAUGCAUCGACAUCAUGGUGGCCUUCCCGCAGACCCGCCCGGGUUGCGUGCGGGAGCUUCGUAAGAUGAGGCGUGAGAUCGAGGCGAAGAAGUCGCAGUCGCAGGGCAGCUUGGCCGCGUUUGCGGCAACAGGCACCACCCUCGGCCAGUUCAUCAAGAAGAACGAGGCCAACGCGAAGGAGUACGACAAGGACGCGUUGUACCAGCAGUUCCAGUUUGUGCUCGGCGCCUCGCUGUCCUUCAGGAUCCCGAAGGAGUGA